GGGAUUUCUCGACGUGCAGGCAGACACUAUCAAUUUCCCGUACCUCACGCACGACUGUACCUCCAGUCCUCCGCCUUCAUCAAUCGGGACUGCUUUUGCUUUUGAAUCGUCAAGAGCUUGAGGAUUUGUUCUUUUUUCUUUCUGUUUAUUUUUCCAUCCUCCACGAGAUCAAAUUUUCUUGGUCACCCCGAGAACGAUUGAUCGCACGCACGCACACAAUCAUUUCAGUCCGACCGAAACCCCGGAUUGCCCAUCACCUCUCUACCACUCUGAAGACGUCUAUCUCUUACCCCAAAAUUAACUGCUUCUAGAAUCGAUCAACUAGUCUGCACGACAAUUUCUUUGUGGGGCUUUGGGGAGGAAGGAUCGUUUCGGUCUUUGGGGCAGAUUUGGGGCUCAGUUGGCAGUGUACCUGGAUCGUUGUACAAAGCACAGCGUGUAUCUGCCGCUGCGUCGAUCUUUCAAUCAUCAAAUUUGUCGGGUCUUCCGCUUUGGAACCUUUACCUUACAAAAAAAAAAACAGGACAGUCGGAUCAACCGCUUCCUGGGAAAGACCGCAAGCACAGAGCUUCGUCUUCGAACAGCCUUUGGCAACACAAGAGCACAAAACAAAGAGAUAAGAGAAGAGGAGCCGUGUGUAUCAGGUUCACGGAGUACACGCUCCUGUAAAUCCUGACCGCUUAAUUAGGCCUUUUCAAUACAGCUUAGCAAUAACUGAGCUUGACCUCGAGCAUCAAGCUCGCUACUUUUCACACAAUGGCCGAGGAGGAUUUCGAAAUUGACAUUUAUGGCGAUGCCAACCAGGAGCAGCAGGGCGGAGAUGACAGCAAGCAUGACCAGUCUUAUGAAGGUGGUGACCACCAGGAUGGACAUGGAUCCAACGACAAUGAACAGUACCGGGAUGACCAGCAGCAUACCGAAGAUUCAUCUCACGCAAAGCACGAUGACGAUUCUAGCCACACCGAGUCUGCCACGCCACAGCAGAGCAACCCACUGAAGCGUAAAGAGGGUUCGGAUGAGCGGGCCAUCGAUCCAGGUGCCACUUCGGCCAUCCUUAUUUCCGAGCUCCAAUGGUGGAUCACCGACGAUGAUAUUCGAGGCUGGAUCCGUGAGGCAGGCUGCGAGGAGGAGUUGAAGGACAUUACCUUCAGCGAACACAAGGUUAAUGGCAAGAGCAAAGGUCAGGUGUAUAUCGAGCUCACAUCCCAGCAGGCGGCAACGGCCAUUAAGCAUCGCCUGGAAUCUCAAGGCGAGGAUGGCGCUUCACAAGCCGGCAGGAAGCAACAAGUCAUCUACUCCUCACCAACGAUGAACCCAUUCCGAACUCUGCCUAAGGACCAGCCCCGGACGGGCAAGGAUGGCCAGAACCGUCCCACUUCUGGCACUGGUUACAACAAUGAUCGUACAGGCAACAUGGGCGGCGGAGGUGGCAAUUUCAACGGAGGUUAUAAUAACCGCGGUCGUGGUGGUUAUAACAACAUGCGCGGCGGAAUGGUCAACAAUAUGAACCAGGGCGGAUUCAACCGCAACUUUAACAACAAUGCCUACAACAAUAACAACAACAUGGGCUUCAACAAUCCGAUGGGUGGUGGCAACUUCGGAGGUGGCGGCGGAGCAAACUUUGGUGGCUUCCGCGGCGGUGGAAUGGGUAUGAACUCGAACAUGCGUGGAGGUGCCAUGCGUGGUGGCCGCGGAGGUAUGGGUGGCGGCAUGAUGGGUGGAGGUAUGGGUGGUCCCAUGGGCAACAUGGGUAAUAUGGGCGGCGGUAUGGGUAACAUGGGCAACAUGGGAGCCAUGGGCAUGGGAGGUAUGGGUGGACCUAUGGGAGCCAUGGGAGGAAUGGGAGGAAACAUGGGAGCCAUGGGAAUGAUGGGAGGAGGUAUGCCUGGAUUCCAAGGCAUGCAAGGGGGAUUCAACCCUCAGGGCUUCUUUGGCGGCGGAGGAGGCGGCAACAAUAACAGCAACAACGCACAGGGAGGCGGUGGCAACAACGAGUGGCAGAACCCGCACGGAGCCAAACGUCCUCGGCCGGAGUAGUUAUCUGGACCUAGACCGGAGAUUAUACACCAGUACCCCACGCCUCCAACGACCACGCCCACUGCAUCCACCGGUUCCCCGGGCUUUGAAAAGAUUUCGCAACAGCUGUGGGGAGCAAAGCCCAGGGCGUUCUAGAAGUAUCCCGGUUCAGCUAGGGAGGCGGCCUUCCCUUUCCCACUCAAAUUUGCUGGGACUGUGAAGGUUAGAGUCCGGCUAUGCUCAAAAUCGAAGCACAAAUGACUAGAGCAAAAUCGCGAGCAAGCGGGCGAGCAAGCGCAUGCUACACUAGAAGUACCAUUGGCAUUUUACGUACUUUUUUUUUUCUACCUGUGUCUUUUUUAAAAAACCAAUUUGUAACAGAAAGGAGUUGGGAUUGGCUUCUUUUUGAAAGAGCAAAGCAAGAACCUGAAGGCUGAUUUAUUGGCCUAUUCGAGCUGAAGGAAUACACGGCCAUUAAGCAGGAGUUUGGAGUUUGAGUUUCAUAAAUGGGAAAAAAGGGAAUAUUCAUAAUGGUUUCGUUUCAUUCUUUGUGAUGGCGACUUGACUUGGGCAAUUUAUCUCUUAAUUUCGGGUCGUAGGUAGACAGACCAUGUUCUAGACGUGCUGUACCCGGCUCCUUGUCAUGGACGGGUGGCUUUUGUUGGCUGCUGAUUUGGCUUGUUUAGACCUGACAGCAUGAACUUUCACAUUCAGUUGAUUUUGAGCUACAACCAUGAUCUUACUGGGACUGAAAAACAAGCGGUCUCGACGAUACGGUGUGAGUUUUCAUCAGCCAUUCA